GAUUCCAUAUUAGAUUCAUUUGGGAAAAAAAUUGACAUUUCGUCGUGAGUGCAUGAAAACAAAUGUUCAAGUGAUUGUGGAAAAAAUAAAAAGAAGAACUACACUAAUACUUACAUUCGUCACAUAUACACAGCGAAUGUAUGCACAUUUACACGAAAUUCUUCUUGGUUUCAUCAAAUGUGAUGGAAAAGGAGAGGUAACACCAUACAUUAACAGACCAGACCACCAUCAUACAUCAAAAUUGUAGUUUUAUUUUCAUAGUUCGAAAACAAAAAUUGCAAGACAACCAAGUUAGAGAAAAAAAAACGGGGCACACAACAGUUCAACCAUCAUCAUCGUCGUCGUCAGCAUUGUCAUCAACAAUAACAUUGUUUGAACGGAUUUCUAGGAUUCGUCAAGUGCAGAUAAAAUUGCAACGACUUUGUGCAAAGAAGGAAUACAAAUCAUAAAAUAAUAAUACAAUAACAACAACAAGAUCAAAAAUACACGAUUGAAAACACCACAAUCCCAAUCAUUUUCUCGUCUCGGUGAUGUGUUUAUUUUAAGCACGGUCAAAAUAUUGAUUUGAAGUUCGACAACGGUGAUUAAAAAUUUACAACCAAAUUGUGCAUUUUCCUGUAAUUCGAUUGCAAUUUUUGCCAUUGAAUUUUGGUAUAUACAGCUGAUUUCUACAUAUUUUUUGGUUCACUUUUUUUUUUCUAAUGUGUGUAUGUGUGUGUUUGUUCCAGAUUAGAGAGAAAAAUUAUUUUUGUUGUUGUUAUUAUUAUUAUUGUUGCGUUGCUAGUUCUUCAUCAAUAGUUGAUGUGUGUACUUGAAUUGAUGGUGUUGCAUUUACAACGAGAAUACGCAUGUUGUUUAUGUCGUGUCAAUAAACGCUGAGCAAAAAAAAACAACAUCAAGAAGAAAACAGAAACAAAAGGAACAUAAACCAGUUCAGUUGAAUGGUUUUUUUCCCGUUUUUUUCUUUUUAUUUUAUAAAAUUUCUACCGGAUAAAGUGUUGUUAGUGCGUUGAUUUGUCUUGUAAAUACAUUGUAAAGUGAGAGCAAAAAAAAUGUCAUCGUCACAACUUGAAUCGGUUAUCGUGAAUGCCAAGCGGUUGGCACAACGAUUGAAAAGUCGUGAAGCAGACGCGGACCGCAUUUUAGCUGAAGCUGAAGAGGUCAACAAUCGAUUGGAAACCAUGCGACAGUUUAAAGACGAUUUGGAUCUAAUGAAUAGCAUAGCCCGUGAUAAAUCCAAUGCUCACAUGAUUCAUCAAAUUAACCAGGAAAAUCCACAGUUGCGGGAAAUGCACACAGAAAAUAUGCGAUUGCGAGUCUCACUCGAAGAUCAUCAGCGCGCCUUGGAACACAUUAUGUCAAAGUAUCGUGAGCAUACACAAAUAGCCUUGAAUAAUUCCAAACUAAAUUUUCAAGAAUUGUUCAAAGGCGAAACGGAAAAGAGUCUGAUAAUUCAACGUCAAGAAGAGAAAAUCCAAGAGAUGAUUGCAAUUAUGCAAAAAGCAGCAUCGCUUGAUGACAGUGAUUUUGAACAAAAUUUAAAGAAAGAUCGCGAAAACAUCAGUCGAUUGAUUGUAGAAAAUCAAGGUUUACGCGAACUGUUGCAAAUCUCACAAAAAUAUGGCAAUACGGGAUCGCAAAGCAAUAACAAUGCCAAUGCCAAUGCAAAUGAAACAAAUAAAAUUAGCGUUGAAACGCAAACCGAUUCGAAUGCAAAUCAAUGUUAAAAUACAAAAUGAAUCUCUUUUCAUCUCGAAUCGCAGCUAAUGCUUAGAAAAAUGAAUCCAAAAAAACAAGAACCUACAAGAUAAAUGCAUUUUGAUUAAGAUGGUCCGCAACACAUACACUCACACAUAUUCAUCUGUCAGCGGCCAAUUAGCGGAGAACAUUUCAUCAAUAAUGACAUCAAGAACAAAAUCUGCAACACCUUCCUUGCAUCUGUAUUAUAUUUAACAAAAAUUAAUAUUUCAAUAAAUCACUAAAAAAAAAACAGUUUACUAUUACUGAAAAGAUAAAAAAAACGAAAAAAAAAAUUACGAAAGGCAAAGUUAAGUGUUAAGGGUGUAUAUUGAGACUCCCCGAAUUUAUAUUUUAUGUCAGAACAAAAAAUGCAGAGAACAAUUCAUGAGAAGUUAUUUGUAAUAAUUGACAAAAUAUAGGUUCAAGCCUCACAAAUUUAUGCAACAAAUCUAGAAUUACAUGAGUACAUGAUUUAUGACAUUUGAUUGUGUGUUUUAAGGAAACAUAAACAACAAAAAUAACAAUUAAUAAAGAAAAACGAACGAUUUCAUGAAUGAUGUGUGCGACUUCGGUCGAUGAAUAUAUUUCAAAA